AUGGCUGAUCGAAUCCUGAAAGGUGCCGUGAAGGGCAUCGCAUCUGGCAUCGGGCUCGUGUCGGAAGGCAUCCACCAUCACAAAGAGAGGAAAGAAGCCAAAACCCAUGCACGGGAGGCCACGGGGCAAGAGAAACACCCCGAGGCUGCUCCAGGAGGCAGUUUUGAAGAAGGAGAUGAAGAGCACUGGGAUCUGGACGAGGCGCAAGACGAGCUGAUCAGCACGUGUUCCGAGACCCCCGAGACCUCGCACCCCGAAGAGCACACGUCCCAACGAGACCAGGCCAACCCUACCAAGAUCACCAAUGCGUUCAUGCGCAGGCAUCCUCUGCCAGCGUCAGCGCCAUCACACACAUCGACAGAACACGGACCUGAUGGCAAAGGUAGCCAGACCGCCGUCGCCGAGUUCCAGACUGCCCCAAGAAUCCCGCUCCCCGUUAUCCUCCCGCAACGCCGACCGGAAGCUCGUGCACGGGGGUUCAUCCGCGCCUACGCGCCUGACCUGGCCGUCAAGGGCAUUGACCAGGAGACGUUCCUCGACUUCAUCGAAACCUUCAACCAGGCCAGUCUCGCAUCGCCGUGGCUUGAUGCCAUCAACUUGGCUGGCUUCGCCACCCUUGCCCUGCCACCGGGUAUCUCGCAGGCCGUGCAGCUAGCCAUCACGAUCAGCGUGACUAUAGCCAAAGAUAUCCAGAGUCGGAAACGACAAAAUACCUUCCUCGACCGCAUCAACGACGAAUUCUUUCGCCCGCGUGGGCUCUACUGCCUCGUGAUGACGUGGCAACCGGACACGCCGACGCUGCACACAUCGGUCGACGUGACCAGGACCGUCGCUGCGCGUAUGGCGACGCCGGAGAGUACGGGGGCCAAAGUCAAGCGUGCCAUGAAGACGUCGGCCGGCGCCAGCGGCGUCGAGUUCGCCGAGUGCGCUCCCCUCGUGUUUCCCGAGCUCGACGAACUCGCCGUGCAGACCGGCGCCGAGGCCGAGUGCAAGCGCGACACCCUCAAGCACUACAAGAGCUUUGCUGAGGUGUAUUUCGAUCGCCGUGCGCAGGCGAAGCACGCUGGCGAGAACCCAGACAGCGCCCUGGCCAAACUCGGCGGUCCAAAACCACAUUUCACCUCCCGAUACGCCGACCCCAACCACCCUGCCAGCAACGGCAAUCUUAUCUCCUUGCUCACCGGCGGCAAGGUCUCGCCGCCUGAUCUGCGAGAAGUCGUUGGCGGGGGUAGGGGCAGUGGCGGUGGUAUAGGAGGGUUCGGGGGGAGAAGAGGAGGCCCGGGAAUGGGAAUGGGCACGGGCAUGGGCAUCAUAGGAGGCCACCGCAGCGGAGGAAUGGGAGAAAGAGGGGGGAUGGCCCUGGGAGGUUUCGGCGGCGGCAGAUUAGGAGGAGGAUGGCGUGGGAGGAUGGGAUAUGGCCAGGACCAAGAUCAAGAAUAUAUGAUGCAACGGCAGCAGCAGGAUCUGCAGUAUCGAGAUCCUUACCAGCAACAGCCCGAUCGCCCAGGCGGAGGCAUAGGCCUAGGCAUGGGACGAGGCGCCGGUGGCAGUCCUGCCGGGCUCGAAGGCCUCGUCGGCGCGAUCAUGGGGUCGGGACUCGGCGGUGGCCGUGGCCAGGGACAGAGCCCCAUCAAGCGAAUUCUCAGCCAGGACGUCCUCUACCUGGUGAUCGUCAACAUGCCGACCGAGGAAGAGUUGGCGGCUGCUCAUGAGAUGAGUGAGCGUGAGCAUGAGCAUGCAUAA